AUGUCAAGCAGUCGUGAUUCCAUCAAGAAAGAAUCUUUGAAAUGUGCAUGUGCAUCUUCUGAAGAAGAUCCUGACUCAUCCCCCUCUCCAGGAUUCACACUUACGCCAAGAGUGAGCACGAGGGAUAAUCCAUAUUGGAAAGGACAUAAAUUAUGGAAAUGUGCCUGUCCCAUCGGAUGUUCCCAAAAUAACCAAAGCAGAAUAAGAUCUCUCUCGACGUUGUGUGCCGAUACACAUCUCAGAAUGGGGGUUUAUACUAUGAUCAAAAGUGCAAAUCAUCCAGGAUCCACCAUGCAAAUCAACGAGAGUGAAAAUGGUGCUAAAUGGGUAUUGUGCAAAUCAAUUGAUAAAUUAGCUGCUCGAUUCUCCGAGAAAUAUGAAAAAUUCGGAUUUCAUGUCAAGUAUGAUAAGAAGACUCUAGAAGAAGAAGAAGAUGAUGAUGAUGUUGAUGAGAAAGGUUUGGAUGAAUCUCAAAAGACAUCUCAUAAACCUACUGAAGAGGAUUAG